AUGUCAGAACACCUAGAUCCGCACCUGACCGACGAUGAAAUCAUCGCCACCUUCACACCUGAUGAGCGAUGUUUGCACGAAUGGUAUGAGAACGGCGGCCUAAAUCAGUUUACAUCAGGGAAUUUGAUUCGUCGCUUGGAAGCCAUGUUUCCCGACAUCGAAGACGUCCACGAAACCCUCAUGACUUUCACUGAUAAGUGGAUCGGCCGAGAACACGAGCGAGAUAGGGCACCAGUUUCACGCAGCUCGCUCCUCACUCGCAUCAGAGAGACUCCGUGCCGGGAUCUUCAGCAUCUCCAACAGGCCAUCUCAGCAAUCAAGACGGACAACAUCCCUGAUUUCCUUGUAGGCGAAAGCCGCUUCGGUGGCACCCUGACAGGAUACGCCAUUCGAGUGAACCCACGCGCAUUCCACCCUGAUGAACCAUUCGACGAGAUCAGUGACGCUGAAACCGCCAUCACCUUAGAUCCCGCUAUCGUGGCCAUCGACAUUGAUACCACUCCGUCUCGACCAUCUCCUCCCUCCGUUGACCUACCUGCUCUGUCAACUUCACAAAAACGCCGACGUGAGAAUCGAAGCCCUGGGGAGGAUUCGGCUGCCUCAAUGCGCAGCGCCAAUAGCGACGACUUUCUUGACACCGAGCCGGAUGUCUUUUGCCAAGUUGGAACACUGCGGUACUGUACAGGGAAGGACUGGAUGGAGGUUCGAGACAAAUCUGUCCAGGACAAGCCAGUCUACCACAUGUGGGACUCAUGGCAGGAGACCGGCUACAGCGUCGUCGUCAAGCUGGACAGAAAUGGUUACGCAACAGGACCUGUCUUUGCUAUCUGUGCAUCCUCUUACGAGAAACCUACCAUUAUGGAUGACCUCGAUGUUGAAGAGUUUGAAAUGUUGGAGUGGGAGGACAGCAUUCGCCAGUCGCAUCUGGGCAGCCUUUACCCUGGCUGUGAUACAAAGUUCUUCCUUGCUCAGAUGGCGGAAAAGCUUGAAAACCUUCACCAUGGCGUCGAAUUUAACUUUGAUAUCAAGUCCCACAACAAAUCCUUGGUGCAGUUGACAAAGUUGGUUGGUGCCGGGCCGUCCCAGAUGAUCAUUCCUCACCAGGUUUGCGAUAUCACUGGCAGCAGCAAGUACAAACGAUCCCGCAUGGAAAUGAUUGAUGAGAGUGGCUAG